CGCGAGGAGAGGGCGGCCGCGCUCUAGGACCCGAGGAGGAAGAGCUGCAGGAGACGGUGCCUCCAGCGGGUGCUGCCGCGAGCGGCCGGCCGAGGGGCUGGAAAUGAAAGUAAAGCGCUCCGGAGCCACAUGGACCGAGCUGCCGGGGCGGCGGCGCCGGGAGCACGAUGCGGCCGCCCGUAAUUAAAUAGCAUUUACUCUUAUUAUUACUAAUAAUAAUAACGUAAUCAUACCUCUAGUCAUAGCAUACCAUUUAUCGGGCUCGGCGCAGGCCCGCGGGGAGCGCAGCCCGGCCGAGACUGCUCUCUCCCCCAGAGACUGAUGGAGAGGCAGAGACGGAAGGCGGACAUCGAGAAGGGGCUGCAGUUCAUUCAGUCGACACUACCCCUAAAGCAAGAAGAGUAUGAGGCCUUUCUGCUCAAGCUGGUGCAGAACCUGUUUGCUGAGGGCAAUGACCUGUUCCGGGAGAAGGACUAUAAGCAGGCCCUGGUGCAGUACAUGGAGGGGCUGAACGUGGCUGACUACGCCGCCUCCGACCAGGUGGCCCUACCCCAGGAGCUCCUGUGCAAGCUGCAUGUCAACAGGGCCGCCUGCUACUUCACCAUGGGCCUGUAUGAGAAGGCGCUGGAGGACAGCGAGAAAGCGCUGGGCCUAGAUGGCGAGAACAUCCGGGCCCUGUUCCGCAAGGCCCGUGCCCUCAGCGAGCUGGGGCGCCACAAGGAGGCGUAUGAGUGCAGCAGCCGGUGCUCCCUCGCCCGGCCCCACGAUGAAAGUGUAACUCAGCUUGGUCAGGAGCUGGCUCAGAAGCUUGGGCUUCGAGUUCGGAAAGCAUAUAAGAGGCCUCAGGAACUGGAAACAUUUUCUCUGCUCAGUAAUGGCACUGCGGCUGGCGUGGCAGAUCAGGGAACUUCCAAUGGAUUGGGCUCCAUAGAUGACAUCGAAACAGACUGCUACGUGGACCUGCGAGGCUCCCCGGCCCCCCUCCCUUCUACCCCCACGAUGCCCCUGUUCCCUCAUGUUCUGGACCUGCUGGCCCCCCUGGACAGCAGCAGCAGGGCCCUCCCUGGCACUGAGAGCCUGGACGACUUUUCCGACGGGGAUGUCUUUGGGCCGGAGCUGGACACCCUCCUGGACUCACUGUCCUUGGUCCAGGGUGGCCUGCCUGGCAGCGGCGUGCCCAGCGAGUUGCCGCAGCUGAUACCCGUGUUCCCCGGUGGGACCCCACUGCUGCCCCCUGUAGUGGGCGGCUCCAUCCCCGUCUCCAGCCCCCUGCCCCCGGCCUCCUUUGGCCUCGUCAUGGACCCCUCCAAGAAGCUGGCUGCCUCUGUGCUGGACGCCCUUGACCCCCCAGGCUCGGCACUGGACUCCCUCGACCUGCUGCCGUACUCGGAUACGCGUUUGGAUGCCCUCGACAGCUUUGGCUCGACCCGUGGUGCCCUGGACAAGCCCAACUCCUUUGUGGGACGGGUGACCCCUGUGUCUUCUUGCCCAGAGGAAACCAACUCACAGGACCAUCGUCCCCCAAGUGGUACUCAGAAACCAGCCCCCUCGCCCGAGCCCUCCAUGCCCAACACCGCCUUGCUCAUCAAGAACCCCUUGGCUGCCACCCAUGAGUUCAAGCAGGCCUGCCAGCUCUGCUACCCCAAAACAGGGCCCAAGGCGGGCGACUACACCUACCGUGAGGGCCUUGAACACAAGUGUAAGCGGGACAUCCUGCUUGGCCGGCUCCGGAGCUCCGAGGACCAGACCUGGAAGCGGAUCCGGCCCCGGCCCACCAAGACCAGCUUUGUGGGCUCCUACUACCUGUGCAAAGACAUGAUUAACAAGCAGGACUGUAAGUACGGGGAUAACUGCACCUUCGCCUACCAUCAGGAGGAGAUCGACGUGUGGACAGAGGAGCGGAAGGGCACCCUCAACCGUGACCUUCUCUUUGACCCGCUGGGGGGCGUCAAGCGCGGCAGCCUCACCAUCGCCAAGCUCCUUAAGGAGCACCAGGGCAUCUUCACUUUCCUCUGUGAGAUCUGCUUUGACAGUAAGCCCCGGAUCAUCAGCAAAGGCACCAAGGACUCCCCGUCGGUCUGCUCCAACCUGGCUGCCAAGCACAGCUUCUACAACAACAAGUGCCUGGUGCACAUCGUCCGCUCCACCUCCCUCAAGUACUCCAAGAUCCGCCAGUUCCAGGAGCAUUUCCAGUUCGACGUGUGCCGCCACGAGGUGCGCUACGGCUGCCUGCGGGAAGACAGCUGCCACUUCGCCCACAGCUUCAUCGAGCUCAAAGUCUGGCUGCUGCAGCAGUACUCAGGCAUGACCCAUGAAGACAUCGUCCAGGAAUCCAAGAAGUACUGGCAGCAGAUGGAAGCCCACGCCGGGAAGGCCAGCAGUGGCUUGGGCGCCCCUCGGACACACGGGCCCAGCACCUUCGACCUGCAGAUGAAGUUCGUGUGUGGCCAGUGCUGGAGGAACGGGCAGGUGGUGGAGCCUGACAAAGACCUCAAGUACUGCAGUGCCAAGGCCCGGCACUGCUGGACCAAGGAGCGGCGGGUCCUUCUGGUGAUGUCGAAGGCCAAGAGGAAAUGGGUGUCAGUGAGGCCACUGCCUUCUAUUCGCAACUUCCCACAGCAAUACGAUCUCUGCAUCCACGCGCAGAACGGCCGCAAGUGCCAGUACGUGGGGAACUGCUCCUUCGCACACAGCCCGGAGGAGAGGGACAUGUGGACGUUCAUGAAGGAGAACAAGAUCUUGGACAUGCAGCAGACCUAUGACAUGUGGCUGAAGAAACACAACCCAGGGAAGCCAGGGGAAGGGACCCCAAUCAGUUCUCGGGAAGGGGAGAAGCAGAUCCAGAUGCCCACAGACUACGCCGACAUCAUGAUGGGCUACCACUGCUGGCUCUGCGGCAAGAACAGCAACAGCAAGAAGCAGUGGCAGCAGCACAUCCAGUCCGAGAAGCACAAGGAGAAGGUCUUCACCUCUGACAGCGAUGCCAGCGGCUGGGCCUACCGCUUCCCCAUGGGAGAGUUCCGGCUCUGCGACAGGCUCCAGAAGGGCAAGGCCUGCCCAGAUGGGGACAAGUGCCGCUGCGCUCACGGGCAGGAGGAGCUCACCGAGUGGCUGGACCGGCGCGAGGUGCUGAAGCAGAAGCUGGCCAAGGCUCGCAAGGAUAUGCUUCUGUGCCCACGGGACGACGACUUUGGCAAAUACAACUUCCUGCUGCAAGAGGAUGGGAACCCCGCUGGUGCCGCCCCGGAAGCCCCUGUGGCCCCCGCUGUCACCGGGGAGUAGGGCCAGCUCUGGGCCCUCGGGUGAAGUCCUAGGGUCAGGGGCAGGGGUGGGGACAGAGGGCCUGAUAGGAGGGCCAGGGCAGGCUAGGGCUGGGGGUGGGGGGCCGCCCUCCUCAGGCAGCCCCCGGCCCCCUGGGGCCCUGUCCAUCCUCUCUGCCCCCACCACCUGUGUGCCUACCCAGGUGCACGUGCUGCAGCCCUAAGCAGUCCCAGGGUCCUCAUCCUGCUGGAACCCCGGGCAGAUACCCCCCAACCCCCGGCUCUUCUGGUUGGGGAGGGAGGGGCCUGGCCGACCCCUCCAGCUUCAGCCUACAGCUUUAACUUCUGUCUGGUCCUAAAGGGGGCCCAAAGCUCAGGGCUGGGGAGCCUGGGGUCCCCACUUGAAUCUGCAGCGGGAGGGUCCUUCUCCCUGCCCCACCCUCCCCCCAUCCUCACCUCCCCGGAGGGGAGGGCAGAUCAGGACACAACAGAGGGCUGGAGGCCCCAAUUAGCUUUAAAAUGCAGCCCCAGGAUGGAGCUGGGAACACAAUACAGGUCGCUUGCCCUCUGGGGCCUCAGUUUCCCCUGUGGUUAGAAGAGUGGGAGGGGCUGGGCUUGAUGAUCUCUGGAGCUUCUCCAGACUGGCCACCAGCCCAGCCCUGCUCCUGUGAGCCACGGAAUGUGGACUGUAGGUGCUCCGAGUCCUUGGAGAUGACUCCGCCCAAAAGCCCUUACUGCGGAGAGGGAGACUAAGACCCGGGAAGGAGGGGUGAUCUGCCAGGCUCUCCAGCCCAGGGCACGAGUAGAGCCUGGAGGCAAACUGUAGUCGAAAGGUUAAAGACCAGAUGUCUGCUGGACCCUCCACGCUCUGGGCAGGUCCAUGACUGUCUCCAGAUCAGUGUGGCAUUGGGUCCCAGGCAGCACCCCGCUGUGGGCUGAGGAAGGGAGGCUCAGGGGGCUGGUCAUGUCAGCACCCUGCAGAGGGACUGUCCCCUCCUUAGGAUGGUGGUGGGGAGUGUAACAGCAGGUUACUUCCCACGCCCACUUAGGGUACUGGUAACGGGUUGGGCACCCACAGACGCACCUUCUGCAGGAUGAACCGGAAGGAAGGGGAAGUGUGGGGGUCAGGAAGCACAGAGAGAAGGGAGAUGACGCACCCAGCAUGGCCCUCUCCCUCGUCUCCCCAGACCUGGACGUACAGUUGUGCCUGUCUGUCCUAGCCUUCCCUGAUUCCCUGCCCCGCCAACUGCCUGGGACCUCAGCCGACCCCCAGCCCCUGCCCCUAGCCACUAAGCCCUGUCCCAUCUGUCUCGUCUGACUUGUCUGCGUGCGCCCCUUCCUCUCCAUCCCACUCCCUGUGGGCAGACCCAGCCUCUCCUGGUUCCCAAGACAUUCCAGAUUGUCCCACGUGGUUGGCACAAGGAGUGGGGGCCCCCCCGGAAGGAACCGGGGACCACAGCUGGAGUCAGGGGUGCGGGGGUGAGACAGAAUGGAAUGCCCCUCAUUUCUCCUCAAGCAAGGAUCGAUAGUGAGCGAUGAUGUGAUUCUGGGCACCCGGGCACAGAGAACCCUGUUUCUCUAGCCGUCACUGCCCAGCCUUCCCCAGUAACCAUGGCAUGCACCCUUUCCUCUCCCUGCGCCCUUCCCCCAGCGGGCCGCACCCGUGACUGGAGGGAAGGAGAGACCACACCCAAGGUGAGGGCCGUGGCCGUGGCCGUGAAUGUCGAUGACACUUGUUUUCCCUGAUCCGUGGUGUUGCAGUCUGUCGUCACCAGCCUCGUUUUUAGUGUGUAUAUAUGUCGCCCCCGUGAUGCAUAUAUACACAGGUAUUAAAUAUAUCGCUCUAUAUAAUAUAAUAUAUGUGUGUGGUAUCCAAGGAAUGACUUCUAAUGAGGGCUAAAGAUAAAGAAUUUGGCCAGAAAAUGCAGCCAUCCUGGUGUAAUUAAGAGGGGUUUUUCAGAUGCAGGGACUUAGAGCCGUCGGUUGGAGGGGGGUUGGCAGCGGGGGUGGGAGGGGCCCCGCCUGGGCCCGGUUUCCAGACCAUUCUGGCGUCGCUGGGAGAGAGCGGUGCUCCAGGAAAGGAAAUGAUUGGUGUUUGUCUCCCGCCCAGAAGAAUAGGAUUAGAGUCCAGAUUUUUCUUCUUCGACCUGUUACCCAUCCAGGGGCCCUUGGGAUCUAGGGCUCCCUGGCGUGGCCAGAGAUGGAUCCCCCUGCCCUGGGUUGGGAAGGGAGCAAGAGGCAGGGGGUUGGGGGGGACAGGAGUCCACUUUGAAUGAUGAGGGUGAUUAUUUCAGUCGUGACCCCGACUGGGAGGCUUGGAGAGAGUUGAAUCAGGGGCCUGUGCCCACUGCCAGCGGGCAGACGAGACUUCAAACAUGGUGGGGUGGGGGGCAGGUGCCCCAACGUGAGUGUCCCUUUGGGGUAGGGGAAAGAGGGAUGCUGCAUUUCUCAGCUGGGCAGUAAUCAAUUUAAUGGUCCUUUUAAAAUGUCUGUGUAUUAAAAAUUUAAGAAUACCACACUUUAAUAUUAAAUAUUCAUAAGGUCUAGUAUCUUGAUAAUAAUGUAGAUGUUUUAAUAACAAUUUUUGUCCUUCUUAAAAUAAAAUGAAAGAAACUUGA